AUGGAGCUUAAAACAAUAUUCAUCGUUUGUAUUGUAAUUUUCACAAGCGUUUGUAUUGGCGUCGGUGAUGCAUUGCGUGACUGGUUCCAAGCAGAAGAUGGGCACGAAUAUUUCAUUGAGACAGAAAAUAAUUACGAAUGGCAUAAGGCCUCAGCUGAAUGUAAACGUCGUGGUCUGCGUUUGGUAGAAAUUGAAAGUGCUGCGAAAAACAAGGCAUUAGAUACCUUGCUAAGAAGUGCAUUUGGAAAUUCUUUACCAUCUCUAUGGAUUGGUGCCACCGACCUUGAAGUGAUCACUGAAAAAAAUCGUCCAUUCUAUUGGUCAACGACGGGAAGGCGUGUGAAAUUUGCCGAUUGGAGCAUACAUCAGCCAGAUAAUUACAAAGGAAAUGAACAUUGUCUUCAUCUUUAUGCUCCAUAUAAUUUGAAGUGGAAUGAUGCGCCCUGUACGAUGAAACAGGGAUUUAUUUGUGAAGAGAGAUUUAUUAGUAGCUAA